AUGUCUGCAGUUUAUACUGGAAAGGCUCAAACAACUGUGUACCAAAGACUUAGUGCACAAUCUUUUGCACCUAAUAAUAUGAUUACCGAUCCUCUAGCUGCUGUUACUAGAUGUGUCAGUUUGUUGUUAUCUGUCAAACUACAGUUACAUAUUGUAAACUUGCAUCCAACAAUUCUUGCAGACGGAAGCAUAAUUCGUCAUAGAACUAAACGAUGGGCCUUUUAUGAAAUACAUAAAUGUGGUCGUAUUAAAGGAUAUAGUUGUUUAGAACAUCGUCACUGUUAUGAACGUUAUCUGCGUCGUGAUAUGGUUUGUUUUGAAGUUUAUCCAUGUUUAAGUUCAUGUAUAUUUAUUGCCCAGCUUCACGAUGCUGAAAAAUUAAAUGAACAAAUUAAAAAAUUAUUAUUAGACGGUAUACCAGUCAAUAAUCAUAACGAUCCGAUUAAUUAUGUACGAGAACAAACGGCAAAAUUAUUGAAGGAAUUAAAUUUAACUCUACCAUUGCAUAAUCAACCAGAAGUCUCAAUGCCAUCAUCACCAUCACUAUCAUCAUCAUCAGCAGCAGCAUGAUCGUCUAGUAUGAAUUAACCCAGGAGUUUCACUACAUUACAGGGCAAAAAAUUAUGAUGAUAAUUUAGAGAAGAAAACAAGAUCGAAUUAUUAUUAUUAUAUCUUUUUUUGUUUUGUACGUGUUUUGUAUUUCUUUUCAGAAAUUAUAUUUGUAUUUAAGUUUUCCUGUUUAUUUGUAUAUUUUCAUGCCUUGAAUGAAAACUUUCCUUUUCUAAAUUCAUUGAGUGAAAUAAGUGCAUUUGAGAAAUGGUCAUUCUCAUCCGUGGUACAAACAAUAAUAUACCUGCAUUAAUAAUUCCAA